CAGAAUUAUUAUCAAAAAAUUAUUUGUUCCUUAUCGUGUCAUUUACAUAUUUAUUCAUUUAUGCAUAAAUGUGUAUUAAAUGCGUUAAAAUUACAAUUUUUUAUACAUCUAUUCAAAUCAAAGUAGGCUGUGACUGAGGUAAACUUCUAGAAGGCUUGUGUCAACCAUUUUAGUGUGGUGCCAAUAAAGUCACAAAAAGGCAGCAAUCAACGAACGGGCUUUGAACUUUGGUAGCAGCAACUUCCUCAAAGAUGUUUCGUCUACCUACAACAUUUCAAGCCCUCCCCGUUUCGACAAUGCCCGCGUUAAUUGUGGAAAUUAUGCAACGGUUGACGGAAGCUAGAUCAGAUAUUAAUCUAUCCAAUUGUUUUCUGCCGUUCGUGGUACGGUGCGACGUUCCUGCUCCGUUCCUUGCCGCGUUUCUUGGACUGCGGAGAGAGACAGAGACGGACCUGACCGGCCGUUUCUUUUUAAAAAGGGCGAGCGACUACUUCGCCGCCCCGCCACCAUCGCAACGGCGUUCCACGCGCAACGUCGGAUUCCCUACGUCGGUGCAUCGUCAACUGCCCUGCCGUUCUUUUAUUGUAUAUACUGAAUCUUAAUGUUCAUUUUUUUAAUGAAGUAAAAUAUUCAUUAUGUCUA